UAAGGUUCCCUCUAGCUGUGGACUGAGUUGCCUCCGUGGCUCCACCCCAGUUCAUAUGCUGAAGCCCCAACCCCAGUGUGACUGGAUUUGGAGAUAGGGCUUUCAGAAGGCAGUUAAGGUUAAAUGAAGUCAUAGGGGUGGGGUCCUAAUCUUAUAGGACUGAUGGCCUUAUAAGAGGAAGAGAGAGUGUGCUCGCUUCAUAAGCAGACAUCAAAGAAAGGCCACGUGGCUUUCUUUAGAAAGAAGAAAGAAGGUGGAUAGAAGGUGGCUGUCUGCAAGCCAGGAAGAGAGCCCUCACCAGAAACCACCCUGCUGGUGCACUGACCACAGACGUCCAGCCUCCAGGACUGUGAGAUAAACUUUCAGCCACCCAGCCUGGGGUGUUUUGUCAUGGCAGCCAGAGCAGACUAAGGCAAAAGUAAAGAAGCAGAAAUAAAAAGGAUAAACAAGGAACUGGCAAAUAUCAGAUCAAAAUUUAAAGGUGACAAGGCUCUUGAUGGCUAUAGUAAAAAAAAGUACGUCUGCAAGUUGCUCUUCAUCUUUCUCCUUGGUCAUGACAUUGACUUUGGACACAUGGAGGCUGUGAACCUGCUGAGUUCAAACAGAUACACGGAAAAGCAGAUCGGCUACCUUUUCAUCUCUGUGUUGGUGAACUCAAACAGUGAGCUGAUCCGCCUGAUCAACAAUGCCAUCAAGAAUGACCUGGCCAGCCGUAACCCCACCUUCAUGGGCCUGGCCCUGCACUGCAUCGCCAGCGUGGGCAGCCGGGAGAUGGCCGAGGCCUUCGCCGGGGAGAUCCCUAAGGUCCUCGUAGCCGGAGACACCAUGGACAGCGUGAAGCAGAGCGCGGCCCUGUGCUUGCUGCGCCUGUACAGGACGUCCCCUGAUCUUGUCCCCAUGGGCGACUGGACGUCCCGAGUGGUACACCUGCUCAAUGACCAGCACUUGGGUGUGGUAACUGCAGCCACAAGUCUGAUCACCACUUUAGCACAGAAGAACCCAGAAGAGUUUAAAACCUCCGUGUCUCUGGCUGUCUCCAGGCUAAGCAGGAUCGUGACGUCCGCAUCAACAGACCUUCAGGAUUACACUUACUAUUUUGUCCCGGCUCCCUGGCUGUCUGUCAAACUGCUGAGGCUGCUGCAGUGCUACCCACCCCCAGAAGACCCUGCAGUGCGAGGCCGCCUGACUGAGUGCCUGGAGACCAUCCUGAACAAAGCCCAAGAACCACCCAAGUCAAAGAAAGUACAGCACUCCAAUGCGAAGAAUGCCGUGCUCUUCGAGGCCAUCAGCUUAAUCAUUCACCAUGACAGUGAGCCGAACCUGCUCGUCCGUGCCUGCAACCAGCUGGGCCAGUUCCUGCAGCACCGCGAGACCAACCUGCGCUACCUGGCCCUGGAGAGCAUGUGCACGCUGGCCAGCUCCGAGUUCUCCCACGAGGCUGUCAAGACACACAUCGAGACUGUCAUCAACGCCCUGAAGACCGAGCGGGAUGUGAGUGUGCGGCAGCGGGCUGUGGACCUCCUCUAUGCCAUGUGCGACCGCAGCAACGCCCCACAAAUUGUGGCUGAGAUGCUGAGCUAUCUGGAGACGGCCGACUACUCUAUCCGAGAAGAGAUUGUGCUGAAGGUCGCCAUCCUGGCAGAGAAGUACGCGGUGGACUACACCUGGUACGUGGAUACCAUCUUGAACUUGAUCCGAAUUGCUGGUGAUUAUGUGAGUGAAGAGGUGUGGUACCGAGUCAUUCAGAUCGUCAUCAACCGGGACGACGUGCAGGGCUACGCGGCCAAGACUGUGUUCGAGGCUCUUCAGGCUCCCGCGUGCCACGAGAACCUGGUCAAAGUGGGCGGCUACAUCCUGGGGGAGUUUGGAAACCUGAUAGCCGGAGACCCGAGAUCCAGCCCGCUGAUCCAGUUCAACCUGCUGCACUCCAAGUUCCAUCUAUGCAGCGUCCCCACCCGCGCGCUGCUCCUGUCCACCUACAUCAAGUUUGUGAACCUCUUUCCGGAGGUGAAGCCCACCAUCCAGGAUGUGCUGCGCAGCGACAGCCAGCUGAGGAACGCAGACGUGGAGCUGCAGCAACGCGCCGUGGAGUACCUGCGGCUCAGCACUGUGGCCAGCACCGACAUCCUGGCGACCGUGCUGGAGGAGAUGCCCCCGUUCCCGGAGCGGGAGUCCUCCAUCUUGGCAAAGCUCAAGAAGAAGAAGGGCCCCAGCACAGUGACAGACCUGGAGGACACCAAGCGGGAGAGGAGUGUGGAUGUGAAUGGGGGCCCCGAGCCUGCCCCGGCCAGCACCAGUGCCAUGUCUACACCUUCUCCGUCGGCAGACCUGCUGGGUCUGGGGGCCGCCCCCCCGGCCCCUGCGGGCCCCCCACCCUCCUCCGGCGGCGGCGGGCUGCUCGUGGACGUGUUCUCAGACUCGGCCUCUGUGGUCGCGCCUCUCGCUCCUGGCUCCGAAGACAACUUUGCCAGGUUUGUUUGUAAAAACAAUGGUGUGUUGUUUGAAAAUCAGCUGCUUCAAAUUGGACUUAAGUCUGAAUUUCGGCAGAAUUUAGGUCGGAUGUUUAUCUUCUAUGGUAAUAAGACCUCCACGCAGUUCCUGAAUUUUACUCCAACACUGAUCUGUUCAGAUGAGCUUCAGCCUAACCUGAACCUGCAGACCAAGCCCGUGGACCCGACUGUGGAGGGCGGUGCGCAGGUACAGCAGGUGGUCAACAUAGAGUGCGUGUCCGACUUCACGGAGGCGCCAGUCCUCAACAUUCAGUUCAGGUAUGGGGGCACCUUCCAGAACGUGUCUGUGCAGCUGCCCAUCACUCUCAACAAAUUCUUCCAGCCGACAGAAAUGGCUUCUCAGGAUUUCUUUCAACGUUGGAAGCAGUUGAGCAAGUGA